CGCACUCACAACAAAACAUUAACAUGACAGUUGAUUGAAUGCAUUUAUGCGACAUUGCUGAUCAGUUUUGUUUUAUAUUUCAACGUCCGUCGAAUCGGUAGAGGACAUUUUUUGAUAAUUCACAGGAACUAGCACAAGAUAGACCAAAAACUCAUUGUAAAAUGCCGAAGGUACGCCGAAGCAGAAAGCAGCCACCGGAAGGUUGGGAGUUGAUCGAACCAACGCUGGAAGAGCUGGAACAGAAAAUGCGAGAAGCGGAAACGGAACCGCACGAGGGAAAGCGCAUCACCGAAUCGCUGUGGCCAAUUUUCAAGAUUCACCAUCAGAAGUCCCGGUACAUCUAUGACCUUUUCUAUCGACGGAAAGCAAUCAGUCGGGAUUUGUACGAUUACUGUUUGAAGGAGAAAAUCGCCGAUGGGAAUUUGAUUGCCAAAUGGAAGAAAGCCGGCUACGAAAAUCUGUGCUGCCUGCGAUGCAUUCAAACCCGAGACACCAACUUUGGUACUAACUGCAUUUGCCGAGUUCCGAAGUCGAAGCUGGAAGAAGGAAGAGUGGUGGAGUGCGUGCAUUGCGGAUGCCGCGGGUGUUCCGGCUAAACUAACUGAUUAAAGCGUGGCUUGUGAGUGAGAGUGCGAUGAAGACUAAGAUUUUAAUUAGAGAUAUUCGUUUUAAUAGGAAUAAAUCUUUGUAUGGUACAGAA